AUGUCUGUCGUUAAUAUCCGUCGCGAUGUCGACGACAAGUUCUACCGUUACCGCAUGCCCCUGCUCCAGACCAAGAUCGAGGGCAAGGGCAACGGUAUCAAGACCGUCAUCCCCAACAUGUCUGACAUUGCUCGUUCCCUCAGCCGUCCUCCCACCUACCCGACCAAGUUUUUCGGCUGCGAGCUCGGCGCCCAAACCUCGUUUGACGAGAAGAACGAUCGUUACAUUGUCAACGGUGCCCACGAUGCCGACCGUCUUCGCGAGCUGCUUGACGGCUUCAUCGACAAGUUUGUCCUCUGCGGCGACUGCAAGAACCCCGAAACCGAUCUCAAAAUUCUCAAGGAUGGCGACAUCCUUCGCAACUGCAAGGCUUGUGGCAAGCGCACCGGCGUUGACAUGAAGCACAAGCUCACCACUUUUAUCGUCAAACAUCCGCCUCCCAAGCGCGUCAAGGGCGCCAAGGGAGCCGGAAAGGCUGCCGGUCAGGACGCCGGCGACGCCGGCUCAGACGACGAGCUGACCAAGCGCAUCAAAGCCGAAGCUGCCGAAAUCCCCACGGCCGAGCAGCGUGGUAACGCCGAUGACGACUGGUCCGUCGACACCUCGGAAGCUGCCGUCGCCGCACGUGUCAAGGCGCUCGAAGGCAGCGUCAAGUCCUCGCUCGUGCUUGGAGAUGACGACGAGGACGAGGACGAGGAUAGCCCGUACGCACAGUUUGGCCAGUGGCUCCAGGCCAACCGCAAGGGUGGUCAAGAGGGUCGCGAGUGCACCCCAGCCGAAGUGUACAAAAAGGCGCAAGAGUUUGGCAUCGAAAAAAAGCACAAAACCGUCCAAGUGCUUGCGCAAGCCCUCUUCACCGAAGACGCUCCCAAGGAGAUUGAAAAGUAUGGCGCCGUGCUCGUCAAGAUGGUCGGCGACUCGGAGAAGCACCAGAAAGCCAUGCUCGGCGGCUUUGAGCGAUUGGCUGGUGUUCAGUGCCCUACGCUCGUUCCCAACGGUGUCCCCAAGAUUCUCAUGGCUCUCUACCAGAUCGACGUGCUCGACGAAGAUUUCGUCAAAAACUGGGGCACCCAUGUCAGCAAAAAGUACGUCUCUAAAGAUAUUUCCAAGAAGGUUCGUCGUGCUGCGGCUCCUUUCCUCGAAUGGCUAGACCAGGCCGAUUCCGAAUCCGAGCAAGAUUCCGAUGACGACGAUGACGACGAUGACGACGAUGACAAGCCCCCCAAGUCUAAAGCGAAUGUCAAUGGAAACGGUAUCAACAAGACCGCACACAACGAUGACAAUGAUGACGAUGACGAUUCCGACCUUGACAACCUCUAG